ACUAAUACUGGUGUCCUGCUUUGAGCCUCUGUGUCUGUUGUAUCUGCAGCAUGGCCUCACCUUUCAGUGUGCUGGUUUUAUGCUGUGUGUUUAGACUAAGCUGCUGUGUGACUCCACCACAAUGGUUCAACAACAUUUCUACCAAUCUCUUCAAUUUGCGUGGAGACAUAAUGCUUGGGGGGCUUUUUCCCAUCAACCAGCUCACCAGCAACCUCAGCCAGAGGACAGAACCUAACAGCAUCAGCUGUGCAAGUUUAAAUGAGUAUGGGCUGGGCCUGGCCAUAGUAAUGAAGUACACAAUCGAGGAAAUAAAUGCAAACAAAUCGUUUCUUCCAGGCAUCAAGUUGGGUUAUGAAAUUUACGACACUUGCUUACAAUCUGCAGUUAUUGUGAGGCCGACAAUCUCCUUCCUUACAGCAAAAUCCAACAGAGUUCUGUCUGUGGAAUGUAAUUACACAGACUUUGAGACCAGUGUAUCAGCUGUGAUCGGUCCUUAUACUUCAGAAAUGGUGUCAGUCAUUGGAAAACUCCUGGGAUUCUUUCUCAUGCCACAGAUUAGUUAUGGAGCCACCAGUGACAAAUUCAGUGACAAAGUCCUCUACCCAUCAUUCUUCCGUACAGUGCCCACUGACAAAUGGCAAGUGUAUGCCAUGGCACUUCUAAUGAAGGAGUUUAACUGGACAUGGGUGGCAGUGGUGGGAAGUGAGGAGGAGUAUGGACAACAGGGUGUACAGGAAUUUUCUAAAGUGGCAGAAAACAUGUCAGUCUGUGUGGCCUAUCAGGGACUGAUUCCAGUCUAUACUGAACCUGAACCAGCAAUCACAGUCAUCCUCAACAGUAUUGUAAACACCAAAGUCAAUGUGGUAGUGGUUUUUUCUCUAUCACAAAUCACUGAAGUCUUUUUUAAAGAGGUCAUCAAGAGGAAUUUAACUGGUGUGUGGGUUGCCAGUGAAAGUUGGGCCAUAAGCAGCAGAGUUACUUCGCUACCAAAUAUCCACACGAUUGGCACAGUCAUCGGAUUCACAACCAAGACUCAGACCCUGGAUCUGCUCACUCCUUACACAAAAGAGCUCUUUCGCAGGCUGAGUGAAGAGAGGACGAAGACACCCACUCCAGCACCAGAUUCUGACCACCCUGAUUCUCCCUGCCCACAGUGUUCAAACCUGUCACCUGCUAAUAUUAGUAUAAUGGAAGGUACUGCAGUGCAGCGCUCAGCUUUCAGUGUCUAUGCUGCCAUCUACAGUGUAGCACAAGCACUGCACAACAUGCUGGACUGUGAUUCAACUACCUGUAAGUGGGACCGAAAGAACAAGAUCUAUCCCUGGAAGCUGUCUCAGGUUUUAAAGAAUACAUCUAUAGAUUUAGACGGCACGCAUUUAGAGUUUGACAGAUAUGGAAAUCCAAGCAUAGGAUACGAUGUGAUUGAGUGGAUCUGGAAUGGCACAAAUGUAAACUUCACAGAAGUUGGAAGCUUCAGUGUAAACCUGUCCAUCAAUACAUCCCUCUUCAAAUGGCACACAGAAAAUUUACAGGUCCCUGUGUCAACCUGUUCAGCAGCAUGUGAUCCAGGCCAAGUGCGACGAGUCAAAGGUUUCCACUCCUGCUGUUUUGAUUGUAUAAACUGUACAGCGGGCACAUACCAGGCAAAAAAAGAGGCCAUACAGUGUACUGACUGCCCUAAGGGCCAGUGGUCCCUGGAGCGUAGUACUAAGUGUACUGAUCCCACCUAUGACGUCUUGUCCUGGGACAAACCUGAGUCUCUGGGAAUGAUACUGGCUGGGGUGGUGCUGCUGAUAUGUCAGGGGUCAGUGGGUGUUCUGUUCUUUAAGCACAAGGGGACCCCUCUGGUGUGUGCCUCUGGGGGAUCCCUCAGUUUUGUGGCUCUUGUCAGCCUAAUGGGAGCAUGUCUCAGUCUACUGCUUUUUCUGGGACAGCCGGGGGAUGUGGUCUGUCGACUCCAGUUGCCUUUCACCUCCAUUUUUCAAACAGUGACCCUCUCCAUUAUCACAUCUAUCUCAGUACAGAUAUUCUUAGUGACAGAGUUCCCACAGAAAACUGCCUCUCAUCUGCAAACAUUAAGAGGUCCAGGGAGCUGGCUGUUUGUGCUGGCCUGCUGUGGUGUGCAAGCCGGCAUAAUCGGCUGGUUUGUCCAGGAGGUGCCUUCACUCUCUGAGUAUAAAGCUAAAAUGGAAAUAAAUUUUGUAAGAACAUUUCUGACAUGUCCUGUGGAACCCUUAACUGGAUUCGCUUUAAUGCAAGGCUUCAAUGGUGUCAUGGCCCUUGUGUCUUUUAUGUGUACGUUUAUGGCUAUAAAGCCUGUUCACCAGUAUAACCUGGCCAGGGAUAUUACUUUUUGUUCUCUGAUUUUCUGUGUGUUUUGGGUCACCUUUAUUCCCAUUUAUAUAGGCCUGAAGGACAAAAGACUAGAGUCUAUUGUCCAUGUUUCUUUCUCCCUGUCAAGCAACUUGGGACUGGUGGCAGCCUAUUAUUUCCCAAAGUGCUACUUAAUUUUGAGAAAACCUGAGCUAAACACAGAAAAUUAUUUCUGUACAUUUCUAGAGGGAGUCCCUCCAACACCACCUGAGGAAGAGCCACAGCCUCAGACAGAGUCCGAACAGUCAACAGGGACAUAAAGGCACCAAUGAUUGUAUUUACAUGUAUGUAUACAUUUAACGAUGUGUAGCACUGUUUCCAUAUCUCUACUUUCAUUAUGUUUUGAUUGCUGUAUAUCUUACAUUCAACACCUUAGUUAAUGGAAGAUUCUUUAAAUAAUUCACAGAUUUAUUGUUUAAAUUUGGUUGGGGUUUUUCUUUCUUUCUCUCUUUCUUUCUUUCUUUCUUUCUUUCUUUCUUUCUUUCUUUCUUUCUUUCUUUCUUUCUUUCUUUCUUUCUCUCUUUCUUUCUUUCUUUUUAUUUUCUUCAGCUGAUGAACAUUCAGUUUCCUCUUGGGGAUUAAUUGUCCAUGUGUAUCUAUAUCUGUACAUGAUGUAGUUGUAGCUACCCCUUAUCAUAACUGUGUCAGCAUGUGUGGCAUUUUAGAGUACGUAACCUAAUAAGUUUGUGGCAUUACAUGUUUUGUUUGUUAGUCUUGUAUCUUUACCAGUUUCUUGUGGCUAAACAUGCAAAAACACAAGAUAUAAAUAAUGUUUGUGUGAGCUAUAAAGUAUAGUCACUGGGUUUUAUAUAUUUUGACUAUACAAGCAAUCUGUUAAUGAGCUAAAUAUACAUUUUAUGAGGGUUGUAUUUUUGGAUGUUGUUCACCUGGAUAACAAUAAAGGUUCAA